AUGGACCCUCAAAUGAACAAGCUCCUCAAAUGGAGUGUCCAAAACUCUCAGCAACAAACUGAAGAUGGCUCUUUGGCUCCCCCACCAACCGCCGAGUCGGCCGCCCGCACUUUGACACCGGAAAUGUUGAAUGCGCUGAUGGGAGGUCCCUCUGACGCCGAUCUGAUGAAAGCCGCUAUGGAGGUCCUGCACUCUGACGAGUCGGACCUGGAGAACAAGUUGAUUGCUUUCGACAACUUUGAGCAACUCAUCGAAGGCAUUGACAAUGCCAACAACUUGGAGCCCUGCGGUCUAUGGACCCCGCUAGUCCAACUUCUGGAUGAUAAGGAAGCAGAUAUUCGCCGGUAUGCGGCUUGGUGUAUUGGAACUGCUGUGCAAAACAAUGAGAAGGCUCAGGACAAGCUCAUUGUUCUCAAUGCCAUCCCCAAGCUCGUGAAUGUGGCCACUAGCGACUCCAACGCGACUACCCGCAAGAAGGCCGUGUAUGCGCUCUCGUCGGCCGUGCGUAACUACCAGCCUUCCAUGAAUGAAUUGAUCAAGCACCUUCCCGAAGGCUACGCACCUGAGAAGGUCGAUGCUGGUGAUAUGGAUGCGAUUGAUGUGGUCAUGGACAAGCUGCGGUCUCACGCCGUUGACUCCUCAUGA